UGCUGUGCUGUGCCGGCGCUCCGGUCUAUUAGUCAAAGAGUUCUUCUGGUUUAGAUGACUUUCUACUGUCGCUACUCUCCUACUAUGCAGACAGAUAACUGUCACUAAAGAAGACUCGUCACAGACUGUCAUGUGGUAAGAGCGGCCCCAGAGUUGUGUGCACCUCUGUGGACUCAUUUUACAGUCAACUCCAGCCCUCGUCUCUUUCCUCGUUGCUCCCCUGAAAACCCGAACAUCCUCCUCAGAAGGACAUUGGUUACUCCCCACAUUCCUCCUCAAUGGAGGGUAGAGUGCACACACGCAGCCGGCUGCUCAGGCUCAGGUCCACGAUGACGAGCAUAGGGCUCCAGAGGAGGCUAUGGCUGUGCUUCCUGGGUGUCAGCUUCCUGCCAGUCAUCUAUUUCAUCUAUUUGAACCUUGAGAUCACCUGGCACAUGGACAACCUGAACCUGACACAAUUCCCUGGCAUCUGGUACACACAGGAACCCAAGAGGUUACAUGACCCUGAAGAACCUCUUGUUGUCAAUACGCUGUCAGAUACUACUAUUAUCGCACCACCAACACCUUUAAGUUUAAAGGUGAAGUCCACAUCCCCUGCCAGAGUCAGACCGUCAACAGAACCUGGAGCCAGGACUACCAAGGGCUCUGAUCUUAAAGGUGCUCUCCUCAAGUCCGCCAAACCAACAGAGCCACCAUUCAUUGGCGACAGCUACUACAGUGAAGAUGCCCCACCUCAAACAGACUGUCCAGACAGUAUUCGUAGCAGGGUGCCCCAGACAGAUUUUGGGGUACGGUAUCUGGGCAGGAUCCCUGUGCUUCAGUGGGCCAAGCAUGCCACUCUAGAACAGUACCAGCGCCUCCGUCAGUAUCCAGGGACUCAUGGCUGGGCAAACCUCGACUUUAACACUCUGGUGUCGACCCUAUCUGUUCUCAACACGUCAGCCAACUGGCACAUGUUUGAUGACUGGGAUCGUCGUAGCAACGGCUCACGGUGUGUCCGCUGUGCUGUCGUGGGCAACGGAGGGAUUCUGAAUGAUUCAAAGAAAGGCCACGAGAUUGACCAGCAUGACUACGUAUUCAGGACCAACGGAGCUGUCAUUAAAGGCUUUGAGCAGGAUGUGGGCUCCAGAACAUCCUUCUACACGUUCUCCACCAACACACUCCGUAACUCCAUGAGGAGCUACGCCAGAGCGGGCUACAGAGGACCACCGCUCUCUGAGGAGACACGCUAUGUCUUCCUGCCAGACCAUGACAGGGAUUAUCUGCUGAUGAAAGCAGCUGCCACACACACUCCAGUAGAAAGAGGACCAGAAAUGAGCAAAACACCUCCCACAUACUUUGGAGGAAAUGUGACCGUAGAAAAGUUGAAGAUGUACCAUCCAGAUUUCAUACGCUACAUCAGAAACAGGUUCCUCCGGGCCCACGCCAUGCAGACCAAAUACAAGGACAUCUACCGUCCAUCAACAGGUGCUGUGAUGCUGCUGGCUGCGAUACACACCUGUGACCAGGUGAACGCGUAUGGCUUCAUGACUCCAGACUAUGUGAAGUACUCUGACCACUACUUCGACCGCCAAUAUCACCCAGUGGGUUUCUUCAUUAACCACGACAUGAGGAUGGAGAUGACACUGUGGCAACAACUCCACCGUGCAGGCCUCAUCACUCUCUACAUGCGCCAGUGAACUCAGGAACUAACUCACUCAAGGUUGCUACGGCAACGACCACCUCCCGUAGGAUUAAAAAAAAUAGUCAUAAACUGUAUAUAUUUAUAUAUUAUUGAACAAAAAAAUAUAAAUUCAACAUGGUGUUGGUUUUAUGAGCUGAAAUAAAACAUCCCAGAAAUGUUCCGUAUGCACAAAAAGCUUAUUUCUCUCAAAUGUUGUGCACAAAUUUGUUUACAUCCCUGUUAGUGAGCAUUUCUCAUCUGCCAUCUGACAGGUUUGGCAUUUUAGGCAGAGUUCCUCUGUUCAGUGUCUGUGUUCUUUUGACCAUCUUAAUCUUUUAUUGGCCAGUCUGAGAUAUGGCUUUUUCUUUGCUACUCUGCAUAGAAGGCCAGCAUCCCGGAGUCGCCUCUUCGCCGUUGAGACUGGUGUUUUACGGGUACUAUUUAAUGAAGCUGCCAGUUGAGGACUUGUGGGGCGUCUGUUUCUCAAACUAGACACUCUAAUGUACUUGUCCUCUUGCUCAGUUGUGCACCGGGGCCUCCCACUCCUCUUUCUAUUCUAACUAGAGCCAGUUUGUGCUGUUCUGUGAAGGGAGUAGUACACAGCUUUGUAUGAGAUCUUCAGUUUCUUGGCAAUUUCUUGCAUAGAAUGACUUUCAUUUCUAAAGAACAAGAAUAGACUGACGAGUUUCAGAAGAAAGUUAUUUGUUUCUGGCCAUUUUGUGCCUGUAAUCGAACCCACAAAUGCUGAUGCUCCAGAUACUCAACUAGUCUAAAGGCCAGUUUUAUUUCUUAUUUAAUCAGAACAACAGUUUUGAGCUGUGCUAACAUUAUUGCAAAAGUGUUUUCUAAUGAUCAAUUAGCCUUUUAAAAAUGAACUUGGAUUAGCUAACACAGUGUGCCAUUGGGACACAGGAGUGAUGGUUGCUGAUAAUUGGCCUCUGUACGCCUAUGUAGAUAUUCCAUUAAAAAAAUUGUCAUUUACAACAUUAACAAAGUCUACACUGUAUUUCUGAUAAAUUAGAUGCUAUUUUAA